UUUUCUAGAAGCUUUCAGUAUUAAAGAGUAAGCUACAAGUUAAAGUAAAACUACCCCUAUUAUUUUUAAGUAUUACAAGCAUUUGUAUUUGAUAUAUUUGCUUGUUAAUUGUAACAUAUCUAUUAUUAUAUUAUAUUGGGGUUUCUCUAAGAUUCUCCUUCAACAUACAAUGGCCUAUAAGAAAAAAAAGCAUUAUGUACUUAAUCAAUUGUAAAGAAUAAUUAUAUGUUUGAUUUAUUUGCAUAUGUGAUAGUCUAAUUUUAAUAGUAAGGAUAAAAAAACUAGUUUGUGCAAUCAUUAUUGAGUUAAUAAGAUGUGUAUGUUAAACUGUGUAUUCUUUAUUUUCUCCUAAAUACUCAGAGUUCGCUGUUCUAUUUCAACAUAAAAAAUUAGACAUUUCAUUUAAAAAAUACAAUUGACCUCUUGACUUUUCCUACACCUCUGUUCCUGUAGUUCAAUUUUUUCACGAACUCAAUUCAUUUUGAGGUUAAUUGAGUUGCGCAAAAGAAUCCAAUCAGACACGAUACAGAAUAAAUAGUGACGUCUGUCCUCGUUGAUCCACGUGCUUUCAAGUGUCAUAUAACAACUAUGGAUAUUUCAAAUAAAGAGAAAAUAACAGAUGAAAGAUUUGAAAUUUCAUUACUAACAAAUUUUAUUAAUGAUGAAGCUGAUGAAAUGGCACACUGUAUGAAAAAUAUAUUAAAUGGGCAAUAUGAAACUGUCAUCAAUGAUGAAUUACCUUCAAAUUUGCUAAAAACACUAUCUAAUAGUGAUGACUUUUAUAAAAUAGUAAAUGAUAGUAUAGAAAAUGAAGACACACAUAACUUGUGGUUUCGUGUUGGUGUAGCUUCUUUAUUAUAUUUUAUUCAAUGUAAUUGGACAGGUCCAGAAGUAAAUAAAGAUAUUAAAUGGUUACAAGUUAGAAGAGAGAAUGCAUUUAAAGAUUUAUCCUUGCAUGAUGAAUGCAAUACAAAUGUAAAAAUGCCAGAACUUCUUUAUUUUUCUAAGAUAAUAUUUUCUAACAAAUGUUUACAAAACACUUAUCAGAGCUGUAUUUGGUGGUUAUUUAGAGUUAAACUUUUACAUCAGUGUAUAUUAAAUGAAAAUUCUGGUGUAAUUUUUAAUGAGGCAGAAGAACUAAUCAGUGAAAUUAACAAUUCAUCAUUAUUAAAGCAUCUCUAUUGUAAAACCUUAUUUUAUAUUGAAGCUGCACAGUUUUAUUUUUAUUAUAGAAGAAUUCAACAAUCAGAAAAAUAUGUUGAAUUAGCUAUUGAAACAGCAAAACUUAAUUUAAAAUUAGAAGGUUUAUUGGGUAAACGUACAAAAUAUCAACAGGAAGACAAGGCUCAAUUGUUUUUAAAUGUGGAACUAGGAAAAAAUAAAUUUCCUUCUAAAAAUUGUGAGCAUUUGCCAAAAUCUUUAGAUUUAAAUGAUGAGGUCAGAUUGGAACGUAUCCAGUUUUCUGAAAAUACACAAAGUAUACAGUUGGGAUCGAUAGAAGAAGCAAUUAUAUUAGCAAAAUAUAUUCAAUUGCAGUUAUCACAACCAAAAGAUAAACUAACAGAUGAAGAACUGAAACCCUAUUUGACUGCAGUAAUAGAUAGCACAAAAAAUUGGUGCUUAAAAAUGGCUUCUUUUUAUUAUCGGUGUGUAUUGGAAUCUACUGAUAAAAGAGCCAUUGAACGGUCAAUGAUGCAAAUGGAAUACUUGAUACAUGAAUUAAAAGAUACAAAAGUAUCUGUUACAAAUAGAAUGGACAUGUUUUUUGCAAGUGGAAUUAAACCAAUUUGGGUUUUGGAACAGAUGUGGGCACAAUUAAUGCUAAGUCUUGGAUUAGUAAAAGGAGCUUUAGACUUGUUUUUAAAGCUAGAAUUAUGGGAACAAGUUAUUGCUUGUUACAACAUAUUGGAAUUGAAGCACAAAGCAGCAGAAAUUAUUCGCCAAGAAUUAUCCAAAAAGCCAACAGUUCAGUUAUGGUGUUUAUUAGGUGAUGCAACACAAGAUCCCAUUCAUUAUGAGACUGCAUGGAAAUUGUCUAAUGAAAAAAGUAGUCGAGCUCAAAAACAUUGGGGAUUCUUUUAUUUUGCAAAAAAAGAUUAUGAAGAAGCUAUACCGCAUUUAAAAUUAUCAGUUGAAUUAAACAAUAUUCAGGAAAACGUUUGGCUUAGACUUGGUUUUGCUGCUUUAGAAACGGAAAAUUGGAAGUUAGCAGUAACAGCAUAUAAACGUUACUGUGCUCUAGAACAAUCGACAUUUGAAGCAUGGAAUAACUUAGCAAAAGGUUAUAUAAAACUUGGUGAUAAAGAAAAAGCUUGGAAAUCACUCCAGGAUGCUAUAAAAUGCAAUUAUGAUCGUUGGCAAAUUUGGGAUAACUUGAUGGUUGUUAGCAUUGAUUUGGGACAUUUUUCAGAAGUAAUUCGAUGCUAUCAUCGCAUUUUAGAUCUCAAAAAUCAUCACUUAGAUAUUCAAAUUCUUGAUAUACUAACCAAUGCUGUAUUAAACAAUGUAAAUGAUUCAGAAGGAAAUUCAAUACAAAAGUUACUUCCUAAGAUUUUAGAAUUGUUUGGAAGAAUUACUUCCUUUGUACAUAAUAAUUCAGAUGUUUGGAAAAUGUAUGGACAACUUACUGCUCUUAAAAAAACGGAUAUUGAUGAUGAAAAAGCAGCGCAGUAUUUGCAGCAAGCAUAUCGAGCUGCUGUUUCAGAUUCUAAAUGGUUUCAACGAGAAGAAUCAACCAUAAAAACGUUGCAGUUAUGUUGUACAUUAGCAGAAAUGUAUUUACACUGUGCUUCCAAUUCUGAAGUUAAGAAAAAGAGAACAUUAUUAGCAAGUGCAAAGUUACCUCUUCAAAGUGUUGCAAAGAAAGUUAAAGAUCAAGAAUGGAACAAUGAACAGAUUUUUACACAUUUACAAAAAAUUGAAGAAUAUUUAAGUACUAUAAUAACUGAGUUAGAACAAGUAAAGUUACAAAAUUAAAUGUGUAUUUUAAAUUUUGUACAGAUUUUCGUACCAUGUACGUUAAAUUAAGCUGUAAAUAAAUAACUUUCUGUAUAUAGUUUUGUACAUUUUUAUAUCAUGAGGAAAAGAAAGGAAUCGCUGCAACUACAGUUGUAUAAGUUCGAUUAUGUUAAUUUGAUAUUUCGACAGAAAGUGAUACUGAGGUCACAACAAGCGCGUUUUAAUAAUAAUUGAUCCCAUCGAAGUAGUAAUUUCUAUCAAUAUAUUAUAUUAAUGUCAUACGUAAAGAGGUCUCUUUUAUCAAUUAAUACUUAAAAAUUUUAAAGUUACGAGAUAUAUGUUGUUCUUAGGAGAGGUAUUGUCGAUGACCUUGAUCUUAUCAUAUUUUAUAUUAUCUAUGGUUAUAAGGUUUCUAUGUUUGUCUAACAAAUGAACAAAUAUCAUAGAGGAAGGGAUGCGGAAUGGAAUAAACCCGGCUGGACGUAACAGUUUCAUUUCGUAGUUCAACGAAAAUUGCGAGUCACAUAACGAUCU